AAAUUUGUAUCUUGCCGGUAUUUCAGCCAAUCAGAUUCGAGCACGAAAAAAGAUGCGUAUACUAGUGCAAAUUAUAUAUCUGUUAGUUCCGGCCGUUGUUUAUUGUGGACCGGAAGAAAAGGAAGGUGUAAAGUACGCCAGCAAAUGCGAAGCCUGUAAAAUAUUAGCCACUGAAUUGCAGGCCCGCCUGACGGAAACAGGCAAGUCACACGAUGUUAUUGAGUUGGGCUACUCGGUGGACGACGUGAAGCCCAAAAAACGAACCGAAUAUCGACGGAGCGAGCUCCGGUUGCUGGAAUCGAUGGAGAACGUCUGCGACAGGAUUCUCGAGUACAAUAUCCAUAAGGAGCGCAAGGAUAGUACACGGUUCGCCAAAGGCAUGUCGCAAACCUUCCAAACCCUGCAUGGUCUGGUGGACAAGGGUGUGAAGGUUGAUUUAGGCAUUCCAUACGAAUUGUGGGAUAAGCCGUCGGCUGAAAUUACUCAGAUGAAAACGCAAUGCGAGACGAUGGUGGAAAAUUUUGAGGACAUCAUAGAAAAGUGGUAUUUUAACAAACAGGAAGAGGUUCCGCUUAUUAAAUAUCUAUGCGAGGAUCGUGUUUUGAAAGCAAAUGAUCACCAAUGUUUGUAUGAGACGUUGAAAGCAAAAUCUGACGAUGACGAAGGCGAUGAUAGGACGGAAAAGAAAGAAGAACUGUGAAACCAAAUAAAUUCAUCUAUUUGUAAUUAUGAUUUUUUAUUGUAUAGUUAUAUCUAAAUAGUAAUUUCAUACCGUUUUCACAACAUAGCGUUCCAAGUUAUCUGAAAAAAAAAUAAGAAUACGAUGUCAAUUGAAGAUAAUAAAUCAUAAGUCAUUUGUCACCUUUUAUACAACGUUCAUUUUCUAAUAAAUUGUCUUUCGUA